AUGCAAGAUCUUAAAGAUUUUCUUGCCCCGAAAACAGUGAACAGUUUCAGUUAUGUGGCAAUUUUGGGUUGGCUUUUUCUCGGAAUUGUCCUGUCAGGAAUCUUUCUAGACAUAGAAAUCAACGAAUCGAGGGCUGAUUUUCGCUGUGGCUCAGAAGAUGCCAACAAGGAAGUAAUAAGUGGAAAGUGUUACGAACAGUAUGAAAAACAAAACAACAAAUUCGGUAUCCCUGUGUAUGGGUUCGUGAUUAUUAACUUCCUUGUUACUGCAAGUGUUUGUGGAAUUUACUCACAAGCGGUGAAGUCGAGAGUUAAUGAACUUGAAGCCUCAACAAACGCGGGAGAAGAAGGGCGGACUCGACAAGAGAUCACGGACCCAACUCGGAAAAAGCUGUUCAUAGGGUACUGUUGUCAGCUUGUGGUCAGAUUUCUGCUUGCACUUGUUUUUGUCCUUCUGCAGGCCAAACUACUUUAUCCGCGUAGUUUUCCCUCUAACUUUAACUGUAAUUUAAUCAAGGAAGGCAAUUUUACAGCUGCUCAAAAUGUAAAACGGACACAAACGUCAUAUGAAUGUCAUAAUCAGCGGGCAGCGAAGAAAACCUUCUGGGCUAAUGCCGUGAUCGUGGUAAAUGGAGUUUUGAUGUUUCUUGUGUUUAUCGAGGUUCUGUAUAUCGUGUUUCUAUGGGUAACAAAAGGACAAAGGUUCAUGGAGGACCUGCAAUUUCACAACUCUUAUCUGAAAUCUAAUUCAAGUGUUUUUCCAGAAACCCAACAACAGGAGUUAAUCAUCCACCGUAAUGACACUCCAAGCGAACAGCAGUCAAGCGCUCCAUCUAACAACGAACAACCGUCAUUCAACUGCACUGAGACAAAUGAACAAACACCAGUCGUCACUUUCAUCGAAAGUAUGAAGAAACAUAUCCGAGGAGUCACUGAACAACCCUACGUAGAUCAGGCUACGCCUUUCCACCGUAAACCGGGUGAAGGCUCAAAAAGAUACCUAACGCUUGACCACAUCUACACCGAUUUAAUUAUUCACGAAAACAGAGCUCUGCAUGAAUUUAGUGGAGAUAGAGAGAAACAACUGAAAGAAUACUACAGACCCAGAGAGAAAUCUCGACCAACACUGCCGGGAGAUAUUUUUGAUGCUAAACGAAAACCGCGGAACAUUCUUGUUGUUGGCCGUCCUGGAAUUGGAAAAACCAUGUUUUGCUCAAAGAUUCUUCGCAAUUGGGCUUCCGAUAAGUUGCUCACAGAGGCACAAAAAUCUCGAUUUGAUUUCAAACUCGCUUUCCUCGUUAAGUUGAGGAAGUUUAAACGCACAAAUGACGAAAUUAAUCUUCGCCAACUCCUGGAUGCAUCGGAGUAUUCUAAACUACCAAUAUCUGAUGACGUUUGGCACUACAUUAUUGAAAGCCCAGACAAACUGCUCCUUAUUUUUGAUGGAUUUGACGAAUAUUCUGGAAAGGUUAGAAUCAAUGACGAUGACUUAUCGAUCAGUAACCAUGUAGAAGACUCGAUGCCAGUUUAUUUCCUGUACAAGAAAUUAUUAUCGGGGAAAAUCCUUCCCGUUGCUACAGUCUUAACGAGCACAAGACCAACCGCCGUGUCAUUCUUUGAAGCACCUAUUGCCUUUGAAAGAAUAGUUGAAAUUCUGGGAUUCAACUCUGAUAAAGUGGAAGAGUAUGUGGACAAAUUCACAAAAGAGAAAGGCGAUGAUGGCAAGGGAGAAACAAUAAAGCAACACAUCAGAAGUAGCCUUAACCUCCAAUCCUUCUGCUACAUUCCUGUGAAUUGCUUCAUCAUUUGUUCGUGCUUGUUGCACUUGCUGAACUCACCCGUCUCCGGCUGCCUUCCUACAAGACUAACCGAACUAUACUCCAUAGCCAUCAAGAUUUUUUACUUUUGUCACGAUGAUAUCCAAAGCCGUUACCCAUUACAUGAAGCUCAACAGUUUUAUUUAAAGCCAUUUAAUGCAUUACCUGAACAUGUGCAAAAAUUGUUUAAGAGACUGGGAGAAAUUGCUUUUCAAGGAAUCAAAGAAGGAAGACUCAUUUUCGAAUCAGGCGAAGUCCAUGGCCAGGAAAACAAUGGUUUGUUCCACCGUUUACCUGAUAGUUUUAGCGGUUUAACGGAAGGACGAGCACAAUAUUGUUUUUUACACCUGACGAUACAGGAGUUCUUGGCGGCGAAGUAUUUGGUGGACACGUUGAGUCAUAGAAAACUGAGAAAAUUCGUUUCCAAACACAUCCAGGAUGGCGCGUGGAAGGUUGUGAUGCAGUUUGUGGCUGGACUGCUGGCUGAAAAAGAAGGACAAUCAACAGAUAUUUUCAGCGACCUUCUUCCCUCAAAAACUUUUACUGAAGAAGUUAAAAUCAAGAUGAAUGAAGAUUCAGAGGAACGAACUGAAACACGGACCAGUUGGCCAGCUGACAAGAAAGACAGGUUAUUAGUGGUGACGCUAUUCAAUUGCAUGUAUGAGAACAAAGCCUCUGAUCGAGAAGUUCAAAAGAAACUGGCGGAAAUUGGUUGUGAUGUGCUUGAUUUGAGGUUGUGUAACCUGUCACCUCUCGACUGUUUAGCAUUAGUGCAUGCACUUAAAUCUGUUGAAGGAAUUUUGGCUUUUCAUUUAAGCUUCAACAACCUUCAGUCGCUAGGAUGUAUUGAGAUUGCGAAGUUGUUACCUGGCAACCAACACAAUCAGGGUUUUUGCGAACUAGAAAGAUUAGACCUCGGGAAUAACAAGAUAACUGAUGAAGGAGUAAAACAUUUAUCCACAGCACUCACACAGACUAACUGCACACUAAACAGCUUAAACCUCGGGGCUAACAACAUAACUGAUGAGGGAGUAAAACAUUUAUCCACAGCACUCACACAGACUAACUGCACACUAAACAGCUUAAACCUCUGGGAAAACAACAUAACUGAUGAAGGGGUUAAACAUUUAUCCACAGCACUCACACACACUAACUGCACACUAAACACCUUAAACCUCAAGCGUAACAACAUAACUGAUGAAGGAGUAAAACAUUUAUCCACAGUACUCACAAACACUAACUGCACACUAAACAGCUUAAACCUCGUGUAUAACAACAUAACUGAUAUAGGUAAAAAUCUCGUAAAGUCAAUGAACAUAAGCUGUAGAGUAUCUUUCUAA